GGAGAGGCGAAACAGAGAGUUGUUGAACUGGAAAAUAUGGAAGAUGAGCAAGUUAGUAAUUUAUGCCUGGAAUGCGUAGAUAAGUGGAACAAUGAAUCGAACAAAAAUGAUUAUCGCCUGUUUUGGGAAGGUAACUACUAUGAUAGCGAUGUUUAUGAUUAUGGUGAAGUCACUAGUGACAGCUUAACGGUACUGGUCCAGAAAUGUGCCAAUGUAUUCACCAAGCUGGGCCUUCAGGACUCCACGAUUUUAUUGUAUCUCCCAAAUGUCUUGCAGUUGCCAGUGGCAUCAAUGGCUGCUUUAAGAAUCGGAGCCAAAUUCUUGCCCUUUGCUGCCUCUGACGAAAGUAUUGAGCAUUUGAAAAAUAUCUUGACAGACGCAAAAAUUGAUGCUGUAAUUACUGUAGAUGGAUUCUGGAGAGGUACCCAUCUGAUUAAAACAAAAUUUACACUUGACAAAGCAAUCGAAGAAUCAAAAGCGAAUGUGAGACGCGUUUUAGUGGUACGCCAUGUGUCACCAAACAAGGGAGUUCCACCACCGCGCCGAGAAUAUGUGGCCUCUAGGCCUUACUACGGCUACACUGUAAGUCAUAAUGUGCAAACUAAUGCACUAAAAUCAAAACCCUUCGUUACCAAACUUGAUACAAGGCAUUUCGUAAACAUGAAGGAAGAGAGAGACUCGUGGUGGUCGGAACACUUUCCAAACGCAAACAUUUCCCACAGUCCAUCUCCAACAGAUACUCCUGCAACCAUGAUCAGAGUCUCUUGGCGAGACGGAAAACUUUCACUGUCUUCUCUUCCAAACCCUGUUAUAAAACAAAACAUUCAGAAAGUUGCCGAACUGACGCACCCAAAUGAAAUAUGUUUUGUGGCAUCAUACUCUGAUGCCGCAUUGGAAACAAUUGCUAUUCUAGGAGUCCUGUCAUCCGGAGCUAAAAUUGUGCUUUUCGAAGGAGAUGGAUGCUAUCCAGACUACUCAAGGCUGCUGCAAGUGGUCGAAAUUUACGAAGUUAAAAAGUUGCUGAUUUGUGAAGAAGACCUUAAACCUCUCAUCCAACACCCAGAGUAUUCACAAUUAUGGAAUACCAGCUCAUUAGAAGAAAUCGUUAUACUUGGAAGCGGUCAUGAAAAAGAACCUCUGCAAAAACUGUAUGAUAAACAAUGCAUCAAACACUUACCUCUUCUACAGAGUAAAGAUACCAAUCUUUAA